AUGGGGUUAUCUGAUUUGGCCAAUUCAUAUGGACCAAAAUUUAUGACCGGUGAUACUAUCGGAUGUUGUUUAAACAUUAGGAAUAUAGACUUAAUAUCUAUUGUAUAUUUUAAGGAAUUGCAUUCCGAGAUUUGA